AUGACCGAAGGACUCGACACAUCGGACUCGACCGACGAAGAAGAAGAAAUCAACACAGCCAACCAAGGCACCCUUAACUGCGUACCAACCCCGUCUCAACGGCCCGCCACAGCAAAUUGGCACAUCUAUUACUACACCCAGGUCAAAGUUCCCAACAUCGCUGUCCGAUCUCUACGUCGAUCCCUUCAGCUCAUCUCGACUCUCGCUCUACAAAACCCUGGGCCAACUCCACCACUCAACCCUCUCCCCCCUCCCCCGCCUCCGCUCCAUCCUGCAGGCUCCCACUUCAUCACCCGUCUCCACCACCACACCUCCCUGCCCCUGAUCUCCAACGAGCGCUGCGGCUCCUGGUACAUCCCACCCGCCCUAAAAUCCGGGUCUGCGUACUUCAAGAGCACGGACGGCCAUGUCGGACAGUGGGCGUUUAGUCUACGACGGCUGAAUUUGGAGUUAUUGAAGGUGCUGGGGAGGGAGGGUGGGGCGGCGUUGGUGGAUAGUACGCGGAGGGGGAAGGCGAUGCCGGAUGCAUUGAGGCGGACGGUGGUCAUUUGGGUGGCGGUGGUGAAUCGGGUGUUGUUUGGGGAGGGGGUGGAGGUGCAGACGCUGGAGGGGGAGGAGGGGUUGACGAGGAGUGAAAGGAGGUUGGUUGAGGGGAGGGUGGAGGGGUGGUGCAAGGAUUUUAGGAAACUGGGACUUGAUAUUGAGGCAUUGAGGGAGAUGUUGAAGAGGCCGGUGAGGUGUGUUUGGGCGGUGAAUGGGACGUGGGACUUCGAACAAGAGUUUGACAAGGGGACAUAUGCGAGUGCUGGACAGAAUGUGCUCGUUCUGGCAAGCGCAAGCAGGCGAGUCAGAGGGGCGGAGAUGAGUGAGGGUGGGUAUAUACAAGGUGCUGCUGACGAUGCUGAGGGUUGGAGCAGGGGUCUAACUGCAAGCUUGUGGUGGGAGAACUCGGAGCGAUUGUUGGCAGCUGAUGCAGCAGAUGUCGAGGGCAUGAUUGAUAAAAUUGUGCUUGCGCAGAAGCUCGCACAGCUGAAGAGUCAUGGAGGAGAAAUUCAGAUUCGGAAGGCGCCCUUCGUCUUCAUUGCCAAAGGGCCGAGAGCAGACGCUUGUGAUUGGGACCUCAUCAUCGACUGUCAUGGCAAGGACGAGACCUGGAGCGAGGACAAGAAGGUUCUGCAUCUAAGAUGCAGAGAGGGAAAGCUCGGGAGUAAGGAUCUUCGAGAGAAGAUCACCAUGGCUGUAGCUGCUGGUCGUGCAGCAUUAGUUACAGGGGGCAGCCGCAUUCUCAUAACAUGCUCGAAGGGAACAGAUCUUAGCGUGGGAGUCGCUCUUGCCUUGAUUUGUAUGCUGUACGAUGACAAUGGUCAAAUCCUUACCCCAGAUACGGACAUCACACGGCUGGACCACAUCGACAAGCUAAUGGUUAAGAAGCGGCUGGCUUGGAUCACAGAAUCCAAACCUGAUGCGAACCCGUCCAGAGCAACGAUGCAGGCUGUCAACUCAUUUUUGAUGGAGCGGCCGAGAUGA